AAGCCAUUCAUGCCAUUUUGGUUUACAGUCAAAGUGUAGAAGAACUUCUGAAACGCAGAAAAGUCUGUCGAGAAAUAAUUUUUAAGUAUUUGGCAGCACAAAAAAUUCCAGUGCCUCCUUCCUCUGAGAAACAGCUACUCAUUGAUCGUGUAAAGCAAUACUGGAGUGGGCAGCUCAGAACACAUGCCUUAGAAUCAGGGGAGAGAAAACCAAACAUAGAGAGUCAUGGACAGAGACAAAAGUCACCACAAGAUGACAUUCAUCAUCUAGGAGAACAAUUUUGUCAAUGGUUCUUUGAGCUCCUGAAUUCUCAGCAUCCCUUGGGAGUGAAGUCUGAAGAAAGAUGGGGACCACAGCAUUUUUGGGAGGAUGCUAAAAUGAAGUUCUGUUACAACACCUUAGAAAAAAACAUGGAAGAAUAUGUGGGUGCAGAAAUGGUGAGCCUUCGUCUGCUUUCGUUGGUUAAAGAAGAAUAUCUUCUAUUCAACCCUAACUUGCAUGCCAGUGGACUGAAAUGUGCCAUGUCUCCACACGGGUUAGUACUGGUAGCAGUGGCUGGCACGGUACACAGAGACAACGCUUGUUUGGGCGUCUUUGAACAAAUUUUUGGACUCAUUAGUUGCCCUCUUAGGGAGAAUACCUGGAAAAUAAAAGUUGUGAAUCUUAAAAUAGUUGGACAAAAUGCUCUGGAGCCUGGGAUGCAAAUUGAAAAACCCUCCCUAAAAUAUGAAUCAAACCAACUGCAAGAGUUGUAUGAUGGGAAAGAACUGUGUUUAAACCUUAGAAAUUCUGAGCAAUUCUUUCACAACUGA